UCCACGACCUAAUCGCCACAAAACACGACAGGGAGAAUCGCCCUGGACCAAGGACAGCCCCACGAGAUAGAAGCUGCCAGGAGGGACGGGAAGCGAAGUAAAGGGAGACGAGGGGAGAGAAGGAAAGACCUCAGAAAACGAGGGCGUCGCGCAGUGUGCAGGGGCGGGGCCAAGAGAACCGAGAAAGAGAUGCUGAAAGUGCCAACACAUUCACGUUAGUCGGUGGCUGCCGAGGGCGGGAGAAAGACACAUGUCUGGCACGUGUGACUCAUUAGGCUCCUUUUACCUGGAAAGUGAUAUUUGUCAGGUGUGACUAAUUGACGAAGAGAAAUGAAGAAGAUUUACCGCGCACUUACGAUCUUCCUCCUGGCUGCCAUCUUUUCGCAGUGCAAAGCGUCAGCUGUUCAGUCUACGAUACGACCCACGAGCUUCACUCACAGCAGGAAGAAUCUACCGCAGUACUCUUUCAGGGGCGGCAACGUUCGGCCCAUCACCCCGACCAAGAACAUUUCCUCCCUGCUCGACAACCUCCUUAAGAACUACGACCAGAAGCUACGUCCUUCUUUCGGAGGUAAACCUACGACGAUUGAGAUUGACAUAGAAGUCCGCAGUAUGAGUCAGAUCUCUGAGAUGGAUAUGACCUACUCCAUGGACUGCUACUUCCGCCAGUCGUGGGUGGACGAGCGCCUGGCCUUCUCCGACCUUGACGAAGCCUUCACCCUGUCCGUGGCUGUGCUGGAGAAGCUGUGGAAGCCCGACACCUUCAUCUACAACGGGAAGAGGAGCCACGUGCACCUCAUCACGACGCCCAACAAGUUCAUUCGACUCUACCAGAAUGGCAGGAUCCUCUACUCGUCGAGGAUGACAAUCAACGCCAUCUGCCCCAUGAAUCUCCACGACUUCCCGAUGGACACGCAACACUGCCCUCUUAGACUCGGUUCCUUUGCUUAUACAACGAGGGAUGUGCUGUAUAAAUGGAACCGUGCGAGACAGGUGGUGAUUGCGCCGGAUCUCAUGUUGUCUCAGUUUGACCUGAUUGCUGCUCCCUCGGGCACUGAGAACACUACCCGAAGAGGAGGGGAAUUCUCCACCCUGAUGGCCAGCUUUUACCUCCAGAGGAACAUGGGCAACUUCUUGAUCCAGGUAUACGGCCCUUGCAUGCUGCUGGUUGUCCUCUCAUGGGUGUCUUUCUGGCUUAACCGCGAGGCCACGUCCGAUCGCAUAUCUCUAGGCAUCACCACUGUCCUUACCAUGACAUUUCUGGGCCUCGAAGCUCGCACCGAUCUGCCAAAGGUGUCAUAUUCAACAGCCCUCGAUCUUUUCGUAUGGCUGUCAUAUGGGUUCAUCUUCGCUACUAUCAUCGAGUUCGCGUUCGUCCACGUGUUCACCAAAGUGGGGUCGGGGGAAGUCUACCUUUCCGAGCCGAGUUCUCUGGUCGGCUCUGACGGCGGAGACAUGGACUGGGACGAGGAAUCGGAGGCCGUGGCAGUGCACUCCCUCAUGGCCGCCUCGCCCGCCGCCGGCCUCCCCUCCAUCGUGGGCCCGAACGGCAUGGACACGUCGGCCAGCAGUCCAGCUACGUCCACUUCCUCCCCGCCGAUGCCGAGGAGGAGCUCCAUCUGCUCGAGGAUCAGCCCCACGUGCCCGAGGACGUCCGUGGCGGGAAGGCUGGCGAGUCUGUGCAGGAAACCCAAGUCUCGGUCGCCACGCUCCGCAGGCAGACCCAAGGACCGCACAGACUCCCUGAGGCGACGCCGCGCCAGCCCGAGGCAGGAUGCGCCGCGCCGCGCCUUCAGACAGCACCAGAUGAACUCGGUCUCCAACAUCGACGAAAUCUCGCGAGUCCUUUUCCCGGUCUCCUUCAUCUGCAUCAAUUUCAUCUAUUGGUACACGUUUCUCUCUAAUUCACAGUGGCCCGUGCAGUAAGGGCGAACUUUCUGAGGAAAUUUA